AAGAGAAAAUAAAGAAAGGGAAAGAGAGAACGCAAUGCUUGUGUGGUGUCUGCAAUGCAUGCUGUUUCUCAACCCACCUAUAAACCUCAUUCCCUCCUUUUCAACACUCUCUGUUCAUUCCUUUUCCAAAUUUUCCUCAAAACCCUAACCACAACUGCACAAUCCCCUUCUUCCACGUUACCCUUCCGAUUCUUCUCUCUGUUUUCUUUUCCACUCUAAUUUUCAAGAGCAAUUGCUUUACUCGCACUCUUUUUUGAUACAGUAUUUCAGUUUAGCUUUGAAAUUCCUUCUCAAUCGACAUUCUCCCCUCCGUGCUUCAAUGAUUCUCGAUUUCGACAGUGUCUUGUUUCAUCAUCCCUAUGGGAGUUUCUGUGAAAUGUUGUUAACUUCUUUCACGUAAUCACUUAAUUGCAUUGGUCGUUUCGUGAUGGAGGAUAAUGAAGUCGUUGAUGAUCAGAACUCAGGGUGGUUCCAAGUUAAAAAGAAGCACAGAAAUACUUCGAAAUUCUCUUUGCAAAGUUGGGUGGGAGGAUUUUCGGGAAAAAAUGCCUCUAACUCUCUGCACACUCAGCAUUGCAUUACUAAAACCGAUGACAAUUCACGUAGCCAGCAGAAAAAUAAUCUUUCAAGGUCAGGGGGAAUUUUUUCACAGAACCCUGCCUCUGGGAGUGUUUCGAGUUCUCUUGCUGAAUCAAAUGAAAAAGAGAGCGCAAACUGUUUUAAUACAGGCGUAGUUAAACAUAAUUCAGAAAGUCAGAACUCAACUGCAUUAAUUACUGUGGAUUCUCAAGGUAAACAUGAAGAAGUUCCGAAAUUACAGCAAACCGACAAACCUGACUUAGCCCAGAAAAUAAGAUGGGGUGAUAUAGAGGAGGGGGGCUUGGCACUGCCCCAUGAAAACUUGAUUGGGGUUGGGAUCAAGUUCGGUAGUAUUGGAGAUGAUAAUUUGCUUAGCUGUAGAAAGAAUGAGAAUAUUCCUGAACCUUGUGAUUCAUAUCAUGCUCAAGCAAAAGACUUAAUGGUGAAUGCUAUCAAUGGAGAGUCUGCUUCUGAUCAGAUCCCUUUGAUGAGACAUGAAGAUGAAAUACUUGGGGAGAAUGGUAAAGAUGUUAAGAAUGUAUCUUUGGAACAUUUUAACAAUCAACAAUUGGUUGAGGAAAGGAUUGGUCCAGAUGAUGAGAACAAUGAUGAAGCGAAUAAAACAACAACCCAUGGUGCCAUAAAUAAUGACAGUCUGUCCACCGAAGAUGCUGCCGAGGUCACAAAUCAUGCACAUGCCUCUUCUAUCAAUUUGGUAAGUGAUAAAAAAAUUUCUAAAGUGCCAGAACAAAAUGGCAGUUUAAGUGAAGCAGUUAUUGCCCACGGUACUGAGUCACAAGUGCCUGAAAUUGUCAAUGAUUCUGUGGUUUCUACUGAAGCGGUUAGGGUUUCACUGGAUGGUAAUGUGGAAAAUGUUGUUUCAACUUCUCAAAAUAUGGGUUCUCUUGAAGAAGGUGAUUCCAAUGAAAGCAAAGAAAGGUUUAGGCAGAGGCUUUGGUGCUUUCUGUUUGAGAAUCUUAAUAGGUCUGUGGAUGAACUUUAUCUUCUUUGUGAACUAGAAUGUGAUUUGGAGCAGAUGAAAGAGGCAAUUCUUGUUCUUGAGGAGUCUGCAUCUGAUUUUAGAGAGCUAAUCACUAGAGUAGAGGAAUUUGAAAUGGUUAAAAAAUCUUCCCAAAUAAUGGAUGGCGUCCCUGUCAUUUUGAAGAGUGAUCACCGCAGGCCACAUGCUCUCUCAUGGGAGGUCCGAAGAAUGACAACUUCACCACAUAGGGCAGAUAUACUAUCUUCAUCUCUUGAGGCUUUUAGAAAGAUUCAACAAGAGCGGGCUAUCUUGCAAUCAGGUACCACAGAAAGUUCCAUGUCUUUGACUUCUGAAUCUAUUGGCAAUACAAACAAGUCCAGGGUCAAUAAUGGGACAGAUGCUGCCAAAUAUUUGGUGACGAAGUCAAGAAAGCAUGUUGGAUCUUCAGAUGACAGACAAGGUAGCUUGAAUGAAAAAAAGCAUAUUAUUGUAGGGGAAAAAUCCUGUGACUCAAACACAAUGCUAAAUGGAUGUAACCCUCCAGAAAACAUAUUAACUUCAGAAGUUAAGUUAUCUAAAUUACCUCCCUUGGAAAAUUCUUCUGCUUCUGCCACCACCAAGGGUAAAAGAGAUCACCUUGGUUUUGGACCGGACAAGACGCUUUAUAAGAAAGAUAAAGCUCUAACAGAAGGUGUUAAUGAGAAACCCCCCAGAUCCAUGGAUAACAUUAGGAGGCAAAUGCCACUGCCAGAAAAAGAUAAGGAGAAAAGGAGUAUUGCCCCAGGAAAGUCUUUGAAUGCUUGGAAGGAAAAGAGGAACUGGGAGGACAUACUUUCAUCUCCAUUUCGUGUCUCUUCCCGCAUGCCAUAUUCACCAAGCCUGGGCCGGAAAAGUGCUGAGCGAGUACGCACUCUGCAUGAUAAACUAAUGUCUCCUGACAAAAAGAAGAAAACAACUUCAGACUUAAAAAGGGAAGCAGAAGAAAAACAUGCCCGUGCUAUGAGAAUCAGAAGUGAGUUAGAGAAUGAAAGAGUCCAAAAGCUUCAACGAACAUCACAAAAAUUAAAUCGUGUCACAGAAUGGCAUGCUGUUCGUCAUAUGAAGUUACGAGAGGGAAUGUAUGCCCGCCAUCAGCGCAGUGAAUCUCGUCAUGAAGCUUUCUUAGCUCAAGUGGUGAAGAGAGCUGGUGAUGAAAGUAGCAAGGUUAAUGAGGUUCGGUUUAUUACUUCCUUAAAUGAAGAGAAUAAAAAAUUAAUUCUGCGUCAGAAACUUCAUGAAUCAGAGUUGAGGAGAGCUGAAAAGCUUCAAGUGCUAAAAUCUAAGCAAAAGGAGGAUUUGGCAAGAGAAGAAGCUGUUAUAGAGCGUCGAAAACUCAUUGAAGCUGAGAAGUUACAGCGCCUUGCUGAGAUUCAGCGGAGAAAGGAGGAGGCUCAAGUAAGACGGGAAGAGGAAAGAAAAGCAUCAAGUGCAGCUCGAGAAGCAAGGGCAAUUGAACAACUUAGGAGAAAGGAAGAAAGAGCCAAAGCCCAACAAGAGGAAGCUGAACUUCUGGCCCAGAAAUUGGCUGAGAGGCUUAAUGAGAGUGAACAACGUCGUAAGAUUUACCUGGAGCAAAUUCGGGAGAGGGCAAAUUUGAGGGAUCAAUCAUCCCCUUUGCUGCGGAGAUCAUUAAAUAAGGAAGGGCAAGGUAGGUCUACCCCUACAAACAGCAUCGAUGAUUCUCACACAAAUGUUGUUUCUGGCGUUGGUUCUACUAGUCUUGGAAUUGGCAAUAUCACAUUGCAGCACUCAAUAAAGAGAAGAAUUAAGAGAAUUCGACAAAGGCUUAUGGCUUUAAAGUACGACUUCCUUGAACCCCCUGUUGGUGGUGAAAGUGCUAGCCUGGGAUAUAGAGUAGCAGUUGGUGCUGCUAGAGCAAAAGUUGGCCGGUGGCUUCAAGAACUUCAAAGACUUAGGCAAGCAAGAAAAGAAGGUGCCGCAAGUAUAGGUUUAAUAAUUUCUGAAAUGAUCAAGUAUAUGGAAGGAAAGGAUCCCGAGUUACAAGCAUCUCGUCAAGCUGGACUACUUGAUUUUAUUGCUUCUGCCUUGCCUGCAUCUCACACUUCAAAACCUGAAGCAUGCCAGGUUAUGUUGCACUUGUUAAAACUUCUGAGAGUUGUGCUGUCUACACCUGCAAAUAGAAGUUAUUUCCUUGCACAGAAUCUUCUGCCUCCAAUUAUCCCAAUGCUUUCUGCAGCUCUUGAAAAUUAUAUAAAGAUUGCAGCAUCUUUAGGUGUUCCUGGUAACUUCAGUUUGCCAUCAAGUAAAGCAUCAGUUGAAAACUUUGAAUCAAUUUCUGAAAUAUUAAAUAACUUUUUGUGGACUGUUACUGCUAUUUUUGGUCAUAUAAGCUCAGAAGAGAGACAGCUUCAGAUGCGGGAUGGCUUAUUGGAGUUACUGAUCUCUUACCAAGUUAUUCACAGGUUAAGAGAUCUUUUUGCACUUCAUGAUAGGCCACAGACGGAAGGGUCAGCGUUUCCUGGCCCUAUUCUCUUAAGCAUACAACUUUUGGUAGUUUUGACCUCCAGAUCUGGAAGAUUGAGUUAUAUUGACUGGGAAUCUUGCCCUUUGACAAUGGAGCAGGAAAUUGGUAGUGAAGGGGCUAAGCUUACUGAUUCUGCACAUUUUGUCGUGAAUAAUUCCUGGGGAGAUUACACUCCCUUAUCAAUGAUCAAUGGCAGCUCAGUUGUGCAUUUACCUGACGUCCCUGAGGACAGACCAUUAGAUGAAAUGAUUAAGGUGAACAAAAAUAAUGAAUCUAUUUCUAUUGGGAAGGAUUCUGAAUUGGAGCAUGAUAGUUCUGUUAAAUUGAAAAAUGAUGUUAUAGAAAAGAUAGAUCUAGAUGAAUCCAAGAAAAAUCAGAGUGUGGAUUUGACUAAUUUGUCUAUUCCCCCAAAGGACGAGAAACAUACAGGGGUAAAUGCUACAGUACAGAAAAACGAAAAAGUAUCAAAUUUGGGUCAGCCAGUAGUAUUUCUUCUUUCAGCUAUUUCUGAAACAGGACUUGUCAGUCUCCCUUCUCUUUUGACUGCUGUUCUUCUGCAGGCAAACAAUAGAUCAUCCUCAGAACAGGCCUCAUAUAUCCUUCCAUCUAAUUUUGAAGAGGUGGCAGCUGGAGUACUGAAGGUGCUGAACAACGUGGCUCUUUUGGAUCUUGUAUUUUUGCAGCGAAUGCUGGCUAGGCCUGAUUUGAAAAUGGAAAUUUUCCAUUUGAUGAGCUUCCUUCUUUCUCAUUCUGCCAUCAAGUGGAAAUCUCCCACUGAUCAGGUUGGUUCUCUUGUGCUUGAAUCUCUAUCUCUCCUUGGUCACUUUGCCUUGUUUCAUCCGGGAAAUCAGGCCGUCCUUCGAUGGGGAAAGAGUCCCACCAUCCUCCACAAGGUUUGCGAUCUGCCAUUCGUUUUCUUCAGUGACCCAGAGUUGAUGCCGAUCUUGGCUGGCACACUAGUUGCUGCUUGCUACGGGUGUGAGCAGAACAAGUUUGUAGUUCAGCAAGAACUGAGUGUUGACAUGCUACUUUCCUUGCUAAGGUCUUGUAGGAAUGCUGCAUCUGCAACUCAGCUUAAUUCUGCCUUAGACAAUUCCACAACAGAUGAAUCUAGUGAAUACAAUCCAUUAGGUACCGAAAUUAAAAAGCCGCACGUGGAAAUUCCUGUAAAAUGUGUCCGUUCCAAUGGCAAAGGCCCUCGGGCUUCCUUUGGAAAGAGUGGUGGUGCUUCGGGAAAUAACUUAAAAAAUGGCAGAAUAAGAAGCCAACGGGACGCCAAAACAACUAAGCAUUCUGAAGAACUGGCUCCUAGGCACGGCGAGCCUUCGUAUUUAAUGCUGCACUGUAGAUUUCCUCCCAGUUUCAUCGAUAAAGUAGAGCAGUUCUUUUCAGCUGAAAUUGCUAACGGGCUUGAUGAACUCUGAGGUUAAACAUCGUGAACCCAUUUUUGUUGGUAAUGCACGGAUCUUCACGCGUUAACUGAAUAUGGUCCUUUAUACAUGUUUCACACUGCUAAUACAGCCACACCAACAUUCAAAAAGCUGACGUCUCUGAAGAUUAACCUGUCCGAGUUAUAACCAAAGGUCGUUUCUUAGUCAAUGCCAAAAAUAUUGUACUUUCUGAGAAGUAAUAUAUUUUGUAUUAUGAGUUGAUGAGCAUUUUUGUAAUAUAUAAACUAUAGAAAAGUGGCGGUUGAUAACAGCCACCGCUAAUUACCACUGCUGUAAUUAAUCAUUUAUAGCUGAUAUGGUUCGGGGGUAACAACCUCGGCGAUCUA